AUUCCUGUUGUUUUCCAUGUUCCUGUUUCUGUUUUUGUUCUGUGUUUAAAAGCAUCAACGAGUGAGUACACGAACUAACCCUCAGAAGGUACAAAACAAUGGAAGAUUGCGAUCCGAGAGUAAUCCAAGUGCGUACAAUAACUGGCGAAUCCACUUCCGUCUCGGUCCCGACUCAUAUUACCACCAUUGAAGACCUCAAGCUCCUCCUCAAGCAAUCUUUCCCUCCCGCCUCUAACUCCCCCAAUUUCCACCUUUUCUUCAAGGGCGUUAAAUUGAGAUUGCAGAGUCGGAUAAGUGCUCACCGGAUUGAGCGCGGUGAAUUUCUUGUGCUCGUUCCGUUUACUAAGAAGGAUCCCAGUAGGACCCAGAAUUAUGAACAAUACAAGACUUCCUCGACCAGUCUCAAUAAUAGCUCAAUUUCUAAGUUUGCCGAUUCGGUGUGGUCCAAUGUGAUGCAAGAUUUGUCGUAUUUGCGCGCGACACAGGAUAAUGCAACUCUAACUACUCAAAAGGUGGGGACUUUUAGUCUUGGAGAUAGAACAGAAACAGUGGGAGGGGAUUUUAGUUUUGGAGAUACGAAAGAAACUGUGGCGGGAACGUCAAGUUCUUGUUCCUUUGAGGCUAAACGGAAAAGGGAUUUUGAUUUUGAUAAUCGGAUGGGACUCCCAUAUGAUCAUAUACUGAGCACAUUGCAGUUUCGUGGCAAGGAUGUGCUUGAAGAUCAUAAUCGUGAAGUGUUUGUUAAGGUUUUGAAGUCGGUGAGUUGUUUAUCAGCGCCAGGUUUUGAGCUCUGCUUAUUACUGAGGAAAGCCAACUUUUGCGGCGGUGCCAUGGGAGUGGGACCUAAGGAUGGUAGUUCUUGUUUGUGUCCAGAAUGGUUGAAGAUGAUCAUGAAAGCAUUUGCUUUCUUAAACAUUUUUUCUGCAUUUCUUCAGUUGCAGCAGAAGAAAAUAACCACUACGCAUUUGGAAGAAACGCUUAAUCAACUGGGAAAAUCUGGAAUCAAACUUAGUAUGAAGGACAUAGAACAUCUUUCCGUUCUUUGUCCCAAGGUCGUGCGUUUUUCAGAAAAUGAAAUGGAUGAGGCAAGUUUGGGUGAUACCCUUGUUAUCAUCAAUUGUCCAACGCAGCAGAAAGAUCAAGUUGAUGAUAAUCCCAAAAAGGCUCGUAAGCGGUUGUAUGUACCAAAGAUUGUGAGUGCAUUGAAGAGACGGGAAACUGCUUUCAAAACUAAUAUGUUGAGGGCUGUUGAGUUUUUUGUGUCCAAAAAUGGAGUUGAGAUGAUCACAGAGUUUUCAUUGGAGGACUUGCUCUUAUUAAUGAAGGACCAUGGUACAGCUGCAAGUGGAAGUGAAGCAAAGAGGACAAGGAGAAGCUGGGCGGCCUCAAGUUCUGAUUCAGACCCCAUAAAAUGUCGUGAAACGAAUCCAUUUUUACCAGUGGAAAUGGUUGAACAUCUUCGAAGGGGAGUUGGAUCUAGAGGACAGAUGGUGCAUGUUGAAGAUGUUGAGGCCCGGAAAGCCACGUAUGUGGAAAUCCCAAAUCAACUCUCAGAAAACAUGAGAUGUGCGCUUAAAUCUAUAGGAAUUACUAAAUUGUAUAGUCACCAGGCUGAAUCUAUACAAUCCUCCCUUGCUGGGAAGAAUAUUGUUGUUGCCACAAUGACAUCCAGUGGGAAAUCUCUUUGCUAUAAUCUCACUGUUCUUGAAGUCUUGUCCCAGAAUUUGUCAUCAUGUGCUCUGUAUUUAUUUCCAACAAAGGCCUUAGCUCAAGAUCAACUUAGAGCUUUGUUAGACAUGACGAAAGGAUUUGAUGCUAGCUUAAAUAUUGGUAUAUAUGAUGGUGACACUUCUCAGAAGGACAGAACGUGGCUGCGCGAUAAUGCUAGGCUGUUGAUCACAAAUCCAGAUAUGUUACACAUAUCAAUCUUGCCACACCAUGAAAGAUUUAGGCGGAUUUUAUCAAAUCUUAGAUUUGUGGUCAUCGACGAAGCUCAUGCUUAUAAGGGAGCAUUUGGAUGUCAUACUGCUCUUAUAAUAAGGAGACUUAGACGACUGUGUUCACAUGUAUAUGGAAGUGAUCCUUCUUUUGUAUUUUCUACUGCAACUUCUGCAAAUCCCCUUGAGCAUUGUAUGGAACUUGCAAAUCUACGAACCUUGGAGCUGAUUCAGAAUGAUGGCAGUCCCUCUGCUAGAAAGCUUUUCAUCCUAUGGAAUCCUAUAGCAUUUCCAAACACUGCAACUCAGAGUAGUAUGGAUGCUAGUGAAUCUACAGUUAAAAAUGCUAAUUUCAGACAUUCAAGCCCAAUUUUCAAUGUUUCGUGCCUCUUUGCGGAAAUGGUUCAGCAUGGACUUCGUUGCAUAGCUUUCUGUAAAUCGCGUAAACUUUGUGAAGUUGUUUUAAGCUAUACGCGUGAGAUUCUUCAGGAUACAGCACCCCAUUUGGUGGAUUCCAUAUGUGCUUACCGUGCUGGCUAUGUUGCAGUGGAUAGGAGGAGAAUAGAGAGAGAUUUUUUUGAUGGGAAGCUUCGUGGUAUUGCUGCAACGAAUGCCCUUGAAUUGGGUAUUGAUGUUGGACAUAUUGAUGUAACUCUGCAUUUAGGCUUUCCUGGUAGUAUUGCUAGCUUGUGGCAACAAGCUGGCAGGGCCGGCAGAAGAGAAAGAUCAUCUCUUGCUGUUUAUGUCGCAUUUGAAGGACCUCUUGAUCAAUAUUUUAUGAAUCAUCCUAAGAAACUCUUUGGAAGCCCAAUUGAGUGCUGUCAUAUUGAUGCUCAAAACCGGCAGGUUCUUGAACAGCAUUUGGUAUGUGCCGCUCACGAACACCCAUUGAGUUUGCUUUACGAUGAAAAAUAUUUUGGUUCUGGUUUAAGUGGUACCCUUCUGUCUCUGAAAACCAGAGGAUACUUGAGUUCAGAUCAAUCAUUUGAUUCUUCUGCUAAAGUAUGGAACUAUAUUGGGCAUGAGAAAAUGCCUACACAUUCAGUUAGUAUCCGGGCAAUAGAAAAUGUGAGAUAUGAAGUAACAGAUCAGUGUAGGGAUGAAGUGCUUGAAGAGAUUGAAGAAAGCAAGGCUUUCUUUCAGGUAUAUGAGGGUGCUGUUUAUAUGCACCAAGGGAAGACCUAUCUGGUUAAAAAGUUAGAUUUAUCUAAUAAGACUGCUAUCUGCGAAGAAGCUGAUUUGAAGUAUUACACAAGAACUCGAGAUUACACGGAUGUUCAUGUCAAUGGUGGUGAUAUUGCCUAUCCAGUGAGGGUUUCCAACAUUCAACUUUCGAAAACAACUGCCAAAGCAAAUACUUGCAAAGUAACAACUAAUUGGUUUGGUUUCUAUCGAAUCUGGAGAGGAAGCAAUCAAAUCUUUGAUACAGUUGAACUUUCACUUCCUAGUUAUUCAUAUAACUCACAGGCAGUUUGGAUUCCAGUUCCACAAUCAAUAAAAGCAGCCGUCAAUAAGAAAAACUUUGAUUUUCGUGGAGGCUUGCAUGCUGCUUCACAUGCUGUUCUUAAUGUAGUGCCUUUACGUAUAAUUUGCAACUUAUCUGACAUGGCUCCAGAGUGUCCAAAUCCUCAUGAUAGCCGCUAUUAUCCCGAAAGAAUUUUAUUGUAUGAUCAGCAUCCUGGAGGAAUCGGGCUAUCAGUUCAGGUUCAACCCCUUUUCACAGAGUUGUUAAUCGCUGCUCUUCAACUGCUUACAUCUUGCUACUGCUCAGGAGAUGCCGGUUGCCCUAAUUGUGUUCAGAGUUUUGCUUGUCACGAGUAUAAUGAAGUCUUACACAAGGAUGCAGCCAUUAUGAUCAUUAAGGGUGUUCUCGAUGCAGAGAAAUCAUAUUUUGGGGAUUCCACCGACUUUUCUCAAGUUGAUGUUGCUGAUGAGCAUUUCCAAAGUGUUUGAUAUGUUUGUACCCUCAAACCAUUCAAUUUCUCUUCUUUCUUUUUUCUGUGUAGAAAGCAUUGGCCUUGAUGAAAGGGCCAUUCUUAAUUUCAGUCUGCCAUUGGUUUGUUGAUUCCAUGAUUAUGAUCCAUUAGGCUGCACUUGAAAGUCCUUUUUCUUUUGCUUUGUUUUUCUUGCAUUUUUUUUUACGUUCUGAAAUUUUGAAGGAUUAUUGGGUAGCUGAUUUACAGAAGUUGGAUAUUAAUAAAAUGAAGGGCCCCUUUCCCAGUUGAGGAGCUGUAAGA